GACAAACAUGUAGACGAUACAGUAAGACUCAUUCGUCUAUUAAGAGCAUUGAACAAUCACUUUCCAAUCCAAAUAGUCUUCUAUGACUCGCUCAGUGACGAUACCAAAGCAAAAAUAGUCGCCGCUGCUAGAAACAAAAUGGUGGACUUACCAGAAAGCUUCCACAAAGUUUCCAAGCAUUUCCCAUCCGACUACCUCACUGCACAAGACAGUGGAUUACCAAAGCAAGAAGUGUGGUUCGUCAAUACGUACAACGCUAUUCACGACAACUUCAAGGAUAAGUUCAAGCGGUUUGCCAAUAAGUUCCUAGCAACGUUGUUCAAUUCAUUUGAGGAAUUCAUGUUAAUUGAUGCUGAUACUAUAUUGUUGCAAAGUCCAUCCGAAUUUUUCGACUUGAAGGACUACAUAUCUACGGGAGCCUACUUCUUCAAGGAUAGAACCGCUCCCCAAUUCAGACCACCAGGUGAUACUAAAUUCUUUCAGAAGAUUACUCCUUCGAUUUUGGACACAUUGAUGUUUGAUAUCCCCAUAAUCACCCAGAAGACUCUUGGAUUGGAGUUCUUUGACGGAAUGGGCCAUUUCAUGGAAAGUGGAGUGGUACUAAUCAAUAGACACUUACACUUCAACUCCAUAUUGACAAUGCUCCAAAUGAACUUUUUUAGGCCUGUUACCGCCAGAGUUCAUGGAGACAAAGAGAUAUUCUGGUUGGGAUUUGCCGCCAGUGGUGACGAAGACUAUCACUUCAACAAGAAUUUCGCUGCGUCGAUCGGGACUAUUACUAGCCAGGAGGAAAGAUUGACCAGUCAAGGAAACCAUAAGAAAUCCCAGGAACUAUGUUCGCCUCAUCCAGGACACAUCAAUGAGAAUGGAAAGUUGGUGUGGUUUAACUCAGGGUUCAAGUUCUGUGGGAAAAGCGAUCUUGUUGAUUUUGAAGCCGAAGUCAAGAAACAAGAGCACUUUAAGUUCUUAAAGGACGCCAAAUCCAUGCAAGAGUAUUACGAAGGAUCUUUAAUACUUAAAAGCGCUAUUAUUCCUCCCUUCAUGGGAAAAUUGGUAACACGUGCUGAUAACAAAGUUGAAGAGCCAGCAGAAGGCUGGCACAUGGAAGGUGGAUAUUGUCACAGUUAUUUAUGGUGUGCAUACUCUUCAAUAGGUGGACUUACUUCUGAUGGACAAGAUAACACUCAAGUGGGGCAAGUGUUUGAGUUCGAUCAGGACUCUAUAGACUUGUCCUCCUAUUUUGGUGACAUUUGGGUUGGAAAUGAGUGA